ACGGAACUCUCGCUUUGUUCUGCCAUGAUCUCAACUCGACCAUCGAGAGAUCAUUGUUCCUUCGUUCUAAUUGUUUUUUCGGCUUGAUGACUUUUCUCUCUGUGUUUUCGCGCUGCUUUCCCCAGUCCUGAAGUGGAGAAAGUGUGGUUACAGCAUAGGAGUGAGAUUCUCGGGAUUUACUACCAGUCUUUCGCUGCCGAUGCUGCUUCAUCAUGGCGGACUAUACUCAGCAACUGCUCCAUGCCGCGACAUUUGAGUCGAGUACAAAUGCUUUGGGACUGAUCAACGUCAACGGCGGUUAUCAUCCGCCAUGCCGAACGGGAAAUGACUAUGACGGAAGAAUGGGAAUAAGGAUAUCUUCCAUAUUUGUCAUUCUCAUCGGAUCAUUAUUUGGUGCGGCAUUUCCAGUCUUUGCGAGCCGUCACCGAAGUGUCGGACUUCCAGAAUGGUCAUUCUUUUUCGCAAAGUACUUUGGUUCGGGCGUAAUUCUGGCAACAGCAUUUGUUCAUCUUCUAGCACCAGCUCGUCAUGCACUGACGAACCCUUGCUUGACCGGGCCCAUCACCGAAUACGAGUGGGUAGAAGGGAUAUGCCUCAUGACAAUUUUUGCUUUGUUUGUGGUGGAAUUACUGGCCAUGCGAUAUGCCACAUUUGCCGACGACGAAACCGAAAUUGAGCGCCAAAAGCACCAAGAACAGUAUGCACGAUUAAGAACAGGCGAAACAGGAAGCAGUCACGCCCCAGGAGAGGACCAUCUCGGACACAGCAGAGAGCAUAUCGAUCCUGAAGGCAGCGCCGACGGGAGUGAUGUCGAUGACAUGGACGACAACUGCCCUGCUGUAUCUUUUGCAGCUCAAAUGACUGCCAUUUUCAUUCUCGAGUUUGGCGUUGUUUUCCACUCCAUAUUCGUAGGAUUGACACUGGCAGUCACGGGAAGUAAUUUCAACACUCUGUACCUUGUCUUGGUCUUUCAUCAGACGUUUGAAGGACUCGGAUUAGGUUCGCGACUCGCAUCCGUGCCGUGGCCCAGAUCGAAGCGUUGGACACCGUACCUUUUAGCGCUGGGCUUCGGAGUGACAACGCCCAUUGCGAUUGGCGUUGGUCUGGCGAUUCGGGAAUCGUAUCCUCCUGGUUCGGCCAGUAUGCUGAUUAUUAAUGGCGUGUUUGACUCCAUCAGUGCUGGGAUUCUCAUUUACACAGCGCUUGUCGAGCUCAUGGCGCAUGAAUUCAUGUUUAGCGAGUCUAUGAGGAAGGCUCGAAUGGAAGUUGUCCUGUGCGCCGUCGGUCUCAUGGCACUAGGAGCAGGUAUCAUGGCAUUGCUCGGGAAGUGGGGAUAGCCAUUGUAUUACGACGAACCGCAUGACUUGCAUACACGGCGUAACCGUCUCUGGUUUUUGUCAUUUUCUUCUUCUUCUUUCCAUUCGUCCCUCAGCCUUAUAUUCUUAUCAGCAUCCGUAUCUCUAGACUACGAUUGCUCUUGCAACACCUGAUCCUUGUCAUUAUUUACAAUCGAACUGUUGCCCUGAGCGUAGCAAUAGCGUGGCCCCGGUAUCCGUUUCUGUCCCUCUGUUACCACAUCUUAUGCUCUCAGCGGCAGCACUAAUAGUUUCAUGCUUACUUUGCAUUCUUAUCCAAUAUUCAUGUUGUAUCUGCCAAUGCUCACUUACUUUGUAUUCUUUGUACCCACACUGUAUCUUACAUUUGUCAUUCACUCGUAUCGUUUAAAAUACAAGGUAUCAUGCAAUUUCACCAUUUCAGCUUUCCACCAUCUCAAAUUAUCAAAUCAUCAAAAAU